AUGAGUUGGCAAGGAAGAUCAACAUAUAAGCCUAGACCAAGAGGAAGUUUACAGUUUCCUGAACUGAUUGGGCUUAUGCUCCAACCCAGUGAUGAAGAGCCUCAAGAAGAGAAACCACCCACUGAAAGUCAAAAUCCUACACAUGGUCAGGAGAGAGAAGAUCAGGGUGCUGCUGAGAUUCAAGUACCUGACCUGGAAGCUGAUCUCCAGGAGCUGUCUCAGUCAAAGACUGGGGAUGAAUGCGGAGUUGGCCAUGGUGUCCAGGGGAAGAUUCUGACAAAAUCAGAGCAAUUUAAAAUGCCAGAAGGAGGGGAAGGGCAACCACAGCUUUAA